GAUGAAAUCGCUGCCUUCCUUUGACUUCUUUUCUUCUUCAAAGUGAAAUCCAUUGAGGAAAAAAUCAGUUUCACUUUUUUUUCCUUCCUCACAUUGUUUGUGUCUUUCCUGUUUUCCCUUUUCAAGUUCACUCCAAUUUCAAUUGAACAAUUCAAUAUCGAAAAGGAUUAUUACCAUGAGAUGAACAGAAAACCAUAUUUUCUCUUGGAAACCAAACUUAGAAAAUCAUUCUUUUAUUGAAAUCAUAUCGGUAACUUGCCUGGAAGCGAAAGCUGGAUUCAAGUUUAAUAUCAAUUGAAAGUCAAUUUCAUCGGGACAUUUGUUUUCUUCUCAACCCUUUCAGUGUCGUUAAAGUGUCAAGUGAUUAAAUUAACUAUUGUUUGUUUCAUUGUUUACUCAUUUGAAUGUUAAGAAGCAAAGGAAGCCAAAAUUUCCAUUCUUUGGUUCAUUUGGUGGAAAAGUUUGUUCAAGUUUAACUGAUUUAAACUUUGAUUUUAAUCAAGAUUGAUCUUUGGCGACGAACCUGGGAAGACAAAAGGAAAAGAUAAUGAAGAGUUAAUUGAAUGUGAAACUUGAUUAUCAUGUUAAUGAAAGAAAUGAAGUUUCAUUGAGAAUGCGUUUAUCUUGUCUAAUGAGAUGUUCUCGUUAAAAGUGUCCAUUUCGAUAGAUUUUUAUGCUUCCAAUGUUUAAUUCAAUGUCGAUAGAAAGUGAUUUUCAUUCUUUACCCAAUUCAUCAUUCCUGGCCUCUUCAGCCGUUUCACUGGCAACCAAUGAAACCAUCCUCAAGUAUCUGAUCAACCUUUCCAAUCAACAAUAUUAUCCUGCUUCCAAUGAGGAAACCAACAAUUCAGAGGAAGACGAGUUCGAUACUCGAAUCUACUAUCAACGGCCAGAAGAAGUUUUGCUUCCCUGGUUCCAUAAUGCAUACUUUUUCCCGACCGUCAUCACCAACAUAUUAACCUUUAUUUUUGGAGUUUCGGGAAACAGUGUGGUUAUCUGGUUCAUGUUUGGUGACAAAGCUAAUCACAGUGCUACAAGCAUUUUCUUGGUGAGUUUGGCCAUUUCCGAUCUACUUUUACUUACCAUUGUGGGUCCACUUGAGAUUGCCCACUAUUUUGUGGUUCAAUGGGACAGCGAUGGAACCGUCUGUAAACUAUCGUCUUAUGUUGAAUCAGUUUCAGCAUUUGCUUCUGUCCUCAACUUGGUUGCUGUUACAUUUGAAAGAUUUGUAGUUAUAGUUUUUCCAAUUCGUUCCCGAUCAAUCUGUACCAUGGAAAAUUGUAAACAAUUUGUAAUCACAGUCUGGAUAUUAGCACUUCUCCUAGCAACACCUACGAUAUACUUGAAGGAAGUUGAAAAGUCCACCUUUACCAAUCAUAACGUAACAAUCAGCCUUUAUCGGUGUAAAGGUGCAAGUGAUCAAACUGGUCUUAACCUGAACAUUUACAGAUUUAUAUUUCUCUUUGCUCUUCCAUCUGUAUUCAUGAUUGCCUCGUAUGUUUGGGUUAUUAUUGAACUUUGGAUAUCGACUAAAACCAUGGACGAUCUGACUAAUCACAUGCGAACUUCACACCGAACCGAGUCUCGAGCAAGCAUCAGUAGAGAUGCCUGUUCAUCGCCCAAUAAUCAUGCGGUAAUGUUGAGGAGUCAUCAUGCUACUCAAGAGACUAGAGAUGUUAAGUCGGCAAGAAAACAGGUCAUAAAAAUGUUGAUAUUGGUGGUUAUUUUGUUUCUCAUUUGCUGGGGACCGCGACUUGUGAUUGAAAUUAUCAUAAAUUGCUGCUUAACCUCAUUCACUCAACCUGUUUACAUAUUUAGAAUUGUAUUCUUUCUGUUGCCCUUUAUUCAUAGUUGUCUCAAUCCUAUUGUUUACUGCCUCAUGUCAUCCAAGUUCAGGAAGAAACUGUUUACUUCGUUGAGACGAUGUUUGACCAGACGAGGUGAUAGAGUUGCCAACAUUGAUUCAUCCAUGAGAACUGAAACCUCAGGAAAUGGCCAUUUAACUUCAAUUUAUACGGUGCACACAUCAUUUGAUUACAUUACUCGGUGACUUUCAAAUUAAUACUGUAUUUCAAUGCGUUUUAUCACAAAGUAUUUAACAUCGCAAAAACAAUAAAUUCCUAAAUCUUUGUACGAA